AUGCCCAUGCUGGCCCUUGAAGGAAUCAAAGUACUCGACUUUUGCCGCAACGCCCCCGGGAUGUUUGCCACAAUGAUACUGGCAGACCUGGGAGCCGAGGUGCUGAUGGUGGAGCGUCCGAUGGACGAAACCCGGGCCGCCUACGAGCGCAUCGUUGCCGGCAUCGAAACCCCGGAGGACGAGCGGCGCCAUGCAUCCUUCAGCGCACUGCAGCGCAACAAGCGCAGCAUCGCCCUGAACCUGAAGGAACCGGAGGCGCUGGAGGUGUUCCGCAGGCUGGCCGCCGACGCCGACGUGGUGGUGGAGGGAUUCCGCCCCGGCGUGGUGGACCGGCUGGGAGUGGGCUACGAGCAGAUGGCGGGGCACGACAUAAACUACAUUUCAUUCGCCGGGGCCCUUGGGCUGAUCGGGGACUCUCCGGACGGCAAGCCGGUGAUCCCGCUGAACCUGGUCGCAGACUACGCCGGCGGCGGGCUGUGCGGCGCCGUGGGCAUCCUGGCGGCCCUGAUGGCCCGGGAAAAGACUGGCCGCGGCCAGUACGUGGACAUCGCCAUGACCGAGGGCGUGCUGUACAUGCUCUGCGGCCUCAUUGCCGACGCGCUCUCGCAGGGAUACCGGGCCACCAGGGGAGGCAACCGGCUCAACGGCGGGUCGCCCUUCUACAACGUCUACCGCACUUCCGACGGCAAGUAUUUCUCGAUAGCGGCCAUUGAGCCGUGGUUCUGGGAGAACCUGUGCCGCGCCAUCGGACGGGAGGACCUGAUACCGCACCAGAGCGCAGGCGAGGAGAAGCGGGCGGAGAUUGCCAGCACCCUCGAGGCGAUCUUCCUCACCAGGACCCGCGAGGAGUGGUUCGAGGCACUUCGGGACGCAAACAUCUCGGUGGGCAAGGUCUACGACCUUGAAGAGGCCCUCACGGACCCGCAGGCGCUGGCCCGGGGCAUGGUGGUGGAACUGGAGACGCCUGGCGUGCCAGAAGGCAAAGUGACCCAGCCUGGCAUCCCCUUCCACCUGUCUGACACCCCCGGCGAGGUCCGGCAUCCGGGAGGGGUUACCGGGCAGCACACCGCCGAAGUUCUGGCGUCCCUGGGGUACACCUCCAUCCAGAUCGACGGCCUGCUGGCGCGGGGCGUGGCGGCGGGCGGAUAG